AAGAUCGACAACGAGUCUGCCACGCUGCGCGUCAAAGCCCCUCUCAACGUCGUCAUGAACGAGGGCGGCGACCCACAUCGCGUCCUAGCGCGCAAUGCCGCCUGUCACCAAUGUCGGAGGCGGAAGCUGAAAUGCGAUGCCGUGCGCCCCACCUGUGGGAACUGUCGCAAGCCCCGACAGCGCGGUCCAGAAAAGUAUGAACCGCCAGAAACGUGUACUUGGGACGAGACGAGGGAUCCUUCGGCUCGGACUCUCCGCAAACGAGAGGCAAAGGCUGCGAGAGGAAUUAGCAAUGGCAGGCCACCUUCCAGCAAUCCCCCUAUAUGGGCGAACGGUUCUACAAGUCUCACCGCGCUACCCAUGUUCCAGCAUCAGGUGCUACAUCCACAGCCGGGCGUGUCGAUGCUCGACCCGCGCGUUCAAUCCGAUGCAGACUACUACCGGUUGUACAAUGGUGGAGGCAUGCCUCCGUCCAUGAUCGCCCCGAUACGACAACCAUCUCUGUCGACGGACCUUCUGGACACGUCUCUGCCCAGUGCACACCUGCCACCAUUUAGCCCGCAUGGCAUUACCAACAAUAUCCAUUGGAGUGAGCCACAUCCGCCGGUAUCACACAUGGGCGGGCCAUCAAGCUAUCCGCAACAUCAGUUUAUUGCCCCGACUCCAAUCGCGACCUUCCCUGUCCACGACACUCCACCCCUUCAACUUAACCCAUCGGUUUCACAGAUCAUGUACUCGGACUGGCCGCGAGACCUCCCUCAGCCUGAGACAGUGCAUCACAUGGUCGAGGUCUUCUUUGCACGCGUCCGUGUCCUUCCGCACAUGUUCCAUCGCCCCUCCUUCCUCGCCAACCUUUCCUUGCCACCCUCCAACCACGAAUUCCCCACGUUGGCACUUUUGCACGGCAUUUUGGCUGUCACCGCACCUUAUAUUCCACCUCAGUCGCUCGCGUCACGGGCAUACUUUCCCAUUGGGUCCUCCACCGAGGCAUAUGUUCAUCCGGAGUACGACUUCACCCCUCGGUCUGCUCUCCUUCCAGCGUCAUCACUCGUGACCUUUACGCCGGAAAGCAUCGGGGAUGGAUCUCCGCUGCACCGUUUCCAAAUGUGGCACAGGCGCAAGUCGUAUGAGUGUUUGAGUCAGCUCGUAACCAAUGGAGUACAACUCGUUCAAGCAGUGCAGGCUGUUCUUUGUGCGACCUGGGUGGAUGUUAAGAAUGGAUGGUGGUCUGACGUCUGGGUUGAGUCGGGCAAUGCAGUUCGAAUGUCGCUUCCACUCCAUCUUAAUCUCUCAUCCAGUGCCAUGUCCGAUCCAUUAUCGCACAACAUUGGAGCCAUUCUACGAGAAGCCAGUAGCGAACUCGAACAGGCGCAGCGAGACCGCACCUGGUGGGUUGUGUACCUCACGGAGCGUGCAGCGGCCACUGGAUCGCUGUGGCCAAACGCUAUCGCCGACGACGACAUCACAGUAGAGCUUCCGAUCGCCCGCCACAUAUUUGACAGCGGAGUUGGAGAGUUGGUUGGCGUUCAGACAUUCCAGUCGCCCGAUUUCUAUUCACAUCAUCCACCGCAACAUCGGGAUACGCUGUCCAUGUACAUCAAGGUUACACGGGUUAUGUCGGACGUGCUCACGUUUAUGCGCAAAUACUCGCGCGGUCUCCAUACAUUCCAACGGUUCUUCUCUGAUCCGCGGUUCCAGCAAGUGUUUACCGACAUUGGUACACUUCGCUCAAGUAUGCCUGAGGAGUUCAAGACCAGUACCACGAACACACCACAUGGGCCCGUCGUCGACCCCGACAAGUACACAAUGAUCGACCUCCUGCACUGCGCCCUUAUCACCAUCGGAGGCCCUCUAAUCACGCAUCAGUCGUGGAUGCUCCCUCAGGCCCGCCACAUUUUGCGUGAGAUCCGCCAUGUCGUCUCAAACUAUCUCGAGCUCGCCGCAACAUCGUACGACAUCACCCAGCUCUCGGUGCAUAGCUCAUUUAUCUGGUUUUCGGCGGCGCGUAACUUGAUCCGGUUCAUUCACUGCGCCGCGCGAUCGGAAAGUGUGCAGGCACAGAUGGAGCUGCCCGCGUUUGAGGCGGACUUGAAGCAGCUGCUGGGUGCCCUCAACCGCCUGGGCGAGAGGUUCCCCGUCGCCCUGCGAUAUGCUAAAGUUCUCGAG